CUGCUAUCGCUGGUCUGGGUCGCCUCGCUGGGCCUUGCGCUGCCCGUGGGUGUCAUCGUGGGGCAGAAGCACGAGCUGGAGACGCCGGGCGGGGAGCCGGAGCCCGCGUCGCGCGUGUGCACCAUAUUGGUGAGCCGCGCAGCGCUGCGAGUGUGUAUCCAGGUGAACGUGCUGGUGUCCUUCGUGCUGCCCCUGGCACUCACCGCUUUCCUGAACGGGGUCACAGUGAACCACCUAGUGGCCCUCUACUCCCAGGUGCCAUCAGCCUCUGCCCCGGUCAGCUCCAUCCCUGGCCGCCUGGAGCUGCUGAGCGAGGAGGGUCUCCUGGGCUUCAUCGCAUGGAGAAAGACCUUCUCCUUGGGUGCCCAAGCCAGUCUGGUGAGACACAAGCAUGCCAGCCAGAUCCGCAGCCUGCAGCACAGCAUCCAGGUUCUCAGAGCCAUCGUGGCCGUGUACGUCAUCUGCUGGCUGCCGCACCACGCCCGCAGGCUCAUGUUCUGCUACGUGGCUGAUGACGCGUGGACAGACUCGCUCUGCGACUUCUACCGCUACUUCCACGUGGUGACCAACGUGCUCUUCUACGUCGGCUGCGCAGUCACCCCGCUCCUGUACAACGCCAUGUCCUCCUCCUUCCGGAAGCUCUUCCUGGGCGCCCUCCUUGCCCUGUGUCGGGACCGCCGCCCGAGGGAGGCCGCAGAGAGCGCCCCCAACAGACGCAGCUUCAGGCUCUGGGGGUUCCCCCGGAACCCCGACCCGGAUGAGAUGCAAGAGUAAAUGAGCGCACACAGUGACUGACCUUCCGGCCACCCCCUGCCACUACUAACCAGACCGAGUCACUCACCACCCCAUCAGCACCCCACCCCACCCUGCUCCGGGGAGCCCAGCACUGUGCCCCACAUGUAAUCAAUACUCAAUAAAUUUUAG